UUCACGCGUCUUUAAACCAACUCGUUUUUUUCAUUACAUGUCCAAAGAUGUCUGCCACCAGGUACCGUCGGUUCCUGAAGCUGUGUGAGGAAUGGCCCCGGGACGAGGCCAAGAAAGCCCGGGAUUUGGGGACGUUUCUGCGGCAGAGAGUAGCCUCAGCCUUCCGCGAGGGAGAAAACACACAGCUCUCAGAUCCAGAGAAGUGUGACCACAUGUAUGAAAGUUUGGCCCGCAUUAAUGGCAAUUUCUACAGACAACGAUUCCCUCGCGUUAGAGACACAAGCUUUACUGGAGUUACAGUGGAAGAGUGUAAAUUGCUUUUAUCAGGAAAUGUGCAGCAGAUGGACGAGGAAAAAAAGGGUUUGUGGAAGACAUUAAUGGAGAGAUUCUCCAAAUCACCAGAAGACGUUCCAGAGAAAGCUCCUGAAAAAUAACUUUUUUCUCUCACUCUUUUCACCUUUUUCUUUUCUCAUUACAUGUAUAGAAAUAAAGCUUAUUGUUGUUAUCUUUA